GGAGGAUUUAUUUAUAUCAGAUUCGGGAUCCGGGAGGUGGGAGAAGGGAGCAGGGAUUGGUUUUUCGUUGAGAAGGGAGGAUUGGGAGAAGGCGGAUUGGCGAUGAAAAUGGAGAAGAAGGUCGUCGUCUCGGAUACGGGGGCGUGGGCGAUGAAUGUGGUCAGCUCGGUGGGGCUUAUCAUGGCCAACAAGCAGCUCAUGUCUGCUGGUGGCUAUGGAUUCAGCUUUGCAACUACGCUCACAGGGUUUCAUUUUACCCUGACGGGAAUUAUUGGAUAUGUUUCAAAUGCAUCUGGCUUGUCUAUGUCCAAGCAUGUUCCUUUUUGGGAGCUCUUGUGGUUUUCCAUCGUUGCUAAUCUAUCAAUUACAGGGAUGAACCUUAGUCUCAUGCUGAACUCAGUGGGGUUUUACCAGAUCUCUAAGUUGAGCAUGAUACCAGUGGUUUGCAUGAUGGAAUGGUUACUCAACAGCAAAAACUACUCCCCGAGAGUGAUAAUGUCUGUAAUUGUGGUAGCCUUUGGUGUUGGUGUUUGCACGGUCACUGAUGUGGAAAUUAAUGCUAAGGGUUUCCUUUGUGCAUGCGUGGCUGUGUUCUGCACAUCGCUGCAGCAGAUUACCAUUGGGUCUUUUCAGAAAAAGUACAACAUCGGUUCUUUUGAGCUGCUGAGCCAAACUGCUCCGGUUCAGGCUAUCUCUCUUCUUUUAUUUGGCCCUUUUGCAGACUACUACCUCAACGGGCAGUCCCUCUUGAAGUACCAUUUCUCUACAGGAGCAACUUUGUUCAUACUCCUCUCCUGUUCCCUAUCUGUCUUCUGCAACAUGAGCCAAUACCUCUGCAUCGGCCGGUUUUCUGCAACGUCCUUCCAAGUCUUGGGUCACAUGAAGACCGUAUGCGUGCUAAUAUUAGGAUGGAUACUGUUUGACUCGGCGCUUACUGUCAAGAAUGUACUAGGGAUGUUGCUUGCUGUGGUGGGAAUGAUAGUUUACAGUUGGGCUGUGGAGCAUGAGAAACAGGCUAAAUUGGCUUCCCAUGUCAAGGGUGAUAGAGCAUUGGAUGAGGAGGAUGUAAGUCUCCUAAAGGAGAAAGUAAACAGUCUUUCUGAGUCAGAUCUCGAGCUUGCACAGACGAGGAGUUGAUUCUUUGAUUUUUUGAUUUGUUCUUUAUUAUUUAGUCAAAAUCAGUUCUUUUUUUGCCCCUUCCAUAGUGUUAAUUACUCAAGUCUUCUCACAUCGAUCAAAGCUCCCAAUUGACUGUGUUGUAGGGGAGUUUUUCUUUCAUACCCAAUUUAUCCAGGAUCAGCAUGUUCAUUUGUGUUAUACAUAAGACGAGGGUGAAUCCCAUGGUAAUGAUAAUUGCUCAUCAGGAAGACUCAUUUUUCAUAAA